AUGGGAAAAGAAAAAAGCGUGUUGGCUAGAGGACUCGAUAAGCUCACAAUCGCACAUUUGGGGUUUCUGGCCCAACGUCGUUUGGCCAGAGGUGUGAGAUUGAAUCAUGCAGAGGCGACGGCCCUGAUUUCAAGUGUGAUUCACGAGCUUAUCCGAGAUGGUCACUACUCGGUCGCCGAUCUCAUGUCCAUCGGCAAGACCAUGCUUGGUCGUCGCCACGUUCUCCCUUCCGUCGUUUCCACUCUAGUCGAACUCCAAGUCGAAGGAACUUUCCCGUCCGGCACGUAUCUGGUCACAGUACAUCAUCCCGUCAGUAGCGAUGAAGGAGACCUCGAGCGCGCCCUGUAUGGAAGUUUUCUGCCUGUGCCUCAUCGCGAUGCGUUUCCUGACCCGGAUCCCGAAGACUUUAUGCCGGAGAAGAUGCCCGGUGCGGUGAUCCCGGUCAAGCAGACGCGCAUUGUGUUGAACGAUGGGCGCAAACGGAUUCGUCUGAAGGUCAUGAGUAAGGGUGAUCGACCGAUCCAGGUUGGAUCUCACUAUCACUUCAUCGAAACAAACCCACAAUUGCAUUUUGAUCGCAUACGCUCGUACGGCUACCGUCUGGACAUUCCCGCCGGGACAUCGAUUCGUUUUGAGCCAGGCGAUACCAAGACCGUGACGCUGGUUGAGAUCGCCGGCCAUAAGAUCAUUCGGGGAGGAAACUGGCUUGCCAACGGGCCCGUGGAUCUCAGUCGAGCCGAGGAGCUCGUGGGCAAGCUGCAGGCAGCGGGCUUUGCACAUAUUUCGGAGCCCAUGGCUGAUAGCGCUCUCGUGACGAGCUUCUCGAUGGACCGAGAGUCGUACUCGCGCAUGUUCGGUCCCACGACGGGGGAUUUGGUACGUCUCGGAUUGACCGACCUGUGGAUUCAAGUAGAAAAGGAUAUGACCAGCUACGGAGAUGAAUGCGCCUUUGGAGGAGGUAAGACACUGCGCGAGGGAAUGGGACAGGCCUCGGGACGAUCUGCGGCCGAAUGCGUGGACACUGUGAUUACGAACGCUUUGAUCAUCGACUACACGGGGAUCUACAAGGCCGAUAUUGGCAUCAAGCAUGGUAUGAUUGCGGGUAUUGGGAAGGCGGGUAAUCCCGAUGUGAUGGACGGUGUACACCCGGACUUGAUCAUUGGCGCCUCAACGGAUGUGAUCGCUGGUGAGAACAAGAUCGUCACGGCGGGCGGAUUCGAUACGCAUAUCCAUCUCAUUUGCCCGCAGCAAGUGGAAGAAGCGCUGGCCUCGGGUGUUACGACCUUUUUGGGUGGCGGGACCGGUCCUAGUACUGGAUCGAACGCGACGACCUGCACACCCGGCCCCAAUCACCUGAAGAACAUGAUGCAGGCCUGCGACUCUUUGCCCAUCAACCUCGGCAUCACGGGUAAAGGCAAUGACUGCGGUACGAUCAGCAUCGAAGAACAAAUCGAGGCUGGUGCUGCCGGUCUUAAAUUGCACGAGGACUGGGGAUCUACCCCCGCGGCUAUCGACAAUUGUCUGUCUGUAUGCGAUAGAUAUGACGUCCAGUGUAUGAUUCAUACCGACACGCUCAAUGAAUCGGGCUUUGUCGAGCAGACCAUUGAAGCAUUUAAAGGUCGAACCAUCCACACAUAUCACACCGAGGGUGCAGGUGGUGGACACGCCCCCGACAUCAUUUCCGUCGUAGAACAUCCCAACGUUCUCCCCAGCAGCACUAAUCCAACUCGACCCUUCACACUCAACACACUCGACGAACACCUGGACAUGCUUAUGGUUUGCCACCACCUGUCAAAGAACAUCCCCGAAGACGUCGCUUUUGCUGAGAGCCGAAUCCGUGCCGAGACCAUCGCUGCCGAGGAUGUCCUGCACGAUCUGGGCGCAAUCAGCAUGAUGUCUUCAGAUUCGCAGGCCAUGGGACGCUGCGGCGAGGUUGUCCUCCGUACCUGGCAUACCGCGCACAAGAACAAGCUUCAACGGGGCAAAUUGGCCGAAGACGAGGGGACCGAUCAUGACAAUUUCAGAGUGAAGCGAUAUAUCAGCAAAUAUACGAUCAACCCGGCGCUGGCGCAGGGAAUGGGUCAUUUAAUUGGAAGUGUGGAGGUGGGCAAGGUGGCGGACCUGGUCUUGUGGAAACCAGCCACUUUUGGAACGAAACCGCUGCAGGUGUUGAAGAGUGGGAUGAUCGUCAUGGCGAAUAUGGGUGAUCCGAACGCUUCGAUCCCAACCAUUGAGCCGAUGAUCAUGCGUCCUAUGUUUGCGGCACGCUUACCGAGUACAUCAAUCAUGUUCGUCUCGCAAGCCUCAAUUGACAAUGGCGUCGUACAAAGCUACGGUCUACGCAAACGCGUCGAAGCCGUCAAGGGCUGCCGCACCGUCAGCAAGAAGGACAUGAAGUUCAACGAUGCGAUGCCAAAAAUGAAGGUCGACCCGGAGAGUUAUACUGUCGAAGCUGAUGGCAUGCUAUGCGACGCGGAACCCUCGUCGGAGCUGCCUUUGACGCAGGCGUAUUUCAUUUUCUGA